GAGGAUCUGGAGGCCCCCAAGACUCACCACUUCAAGGUGAAGACCUUCAAGAAGGUGAAGCCCUGUGGUAUCUGCCGACAGGCCAUCACCCGGGAGGGUUGCACCUGCAAAGUCUGCAGCUUCUCCUGUCAUCGGAAAUGCCAGGCCAAGGUGGCUGCCCCCUGCAUUCCUCCAUCCAACCAUGAACUGGUGCCCAUCAACCCUGAGAAUGCCCCGAAGAAUGUAGCCGACACGGGAGAAGGAGCUUUCCGGGGUGGAAACACACGGAAAAGCCUUGAGGAAGACGGCUCCAGCAGAGUCACCCCGAGUGUCCAGCCCCACCCCCAGCCACCCCCUUCUGCCUACUGUGUCUCCAGAAACAUGAGUCUGAGCCGGACCACGGAGGACAGCUGUGAGCUGGACCUGGUGUAUGUCACAGAGAGGAUCAUCGCCGUCUCCUUCCCCAGCACAGCCAACGAGGAGAACUUUCGGAGCAACCUCCGAGAGGUGGCCCAGAUGCUCAAGUCCAAACAUGGAGGCAGCUACCUGCUUUUCAACCUCUCUGAGCGGAGGCCUGACAUCACAAAGCUCCACGCCAAGGUCCUGGAAUUUGGCUGGCCUGACCUCCACACUCCAGCCCUAGAGAAGAUCUGCAGCGUCUGCAAGGCCAUGGACACUUGGCUCAAUGCAGACCCUCACAAUGUCGUCGUUCUGCACAAUAAGGGAAACCGAGGCAGGAUAGGUGUUGUCAUCGCGGCUUACAUGCACUACAGCAACAUUUCUGCCAGCGCCGAUCAGGCCCUGGACCGGUUUGCAAUGAAGCGAUUCUAUGAGGAUAAGAUUGUGCCCAUUGGUCAGCCAUCCCAGAGAAGGUACGUGCACUAUUUCAGUGGCCUGCUCUCUGGCUCCAUCAAAAUGAACAACAAGCCCUUGUUUCUGCACCACGUGAUCAUGCAUGGCAUCCCCAACUUCGAGUCUAAAGGAGGGUGUCGGCCGUUUCUCCGGAUCUACCAGGCCAUGCAGCCUGUCUACACAUCUGGCAUCUACAAUGUCCAAGGAGACAGCCAGACCAGCAUCUGCAUCACCAUCGAGCCUGGCCUGCUCUUGAAGGGAGAUAUCUUGCUGAAGUGCUACCACAAGAAGUUUCGGAGCCCAGCCCGAGAUGUCAUCUUCCGUGUGCAGUUCCACACCUGUGCCAUCCAUGACCUCGGGGUUGUUUUUGGGAAGGAAGACCUUGAUGAUGCCUUCAAAGAUGAUCGAUUUCCAGAAUAUGGCAAAGUGGAAUUUGUAUUUUCUUAUGGACCAGAGAAAAUUCAAGGCAUGGAACACCUGGAGAACGGGCCGAGUGUGUCCGUGGACUAUAACACCUCUGACCCCCUCAUCCGCUGGGAUUCCUAUGACAACUUCAAUGGGCAUCGAGAGGAUGGCAUGGAGGAGGUGGUGGGACACACUCAGGGGCCUCUGGACGGGAGCCUGUAUGCCAAGGUGAAGAAGAAGGACUCCCUGCACGGCAGCACCGGAGCCGUCAAUGCCACGCGUCCUGUCCUGUCGGCCACCCCCAACCACGUAGAGCACACCCUCUCCGUGAGCAGUGACUCCGGCAACUCCACAGCCUCCACCAAGACAGACAAGACCGAUGAGCCUGCCCCUGGCCCCUCCAGUGCCCCUGCUGCCCUGAGUCCUGAGGAGAAGCGGGAGCUGGACCGUCUGCUCAGCGGCUUCGGCGUAGAGAGAGAGAAGCAAGGCGCCAUGUACCAUACCCAGCAUCUCCGGUCCCGCCCAGCGGGGGGCCCUGCCGUGCCCUCCCCUGGCCGCCAUGUCGUCCCGGCCCAGGUUCACGUCAACGGUGGGGCCUUGGCAUCUGAGCGGGAGACGGACAUCCUGGAUGACGAGUUGCCCAACCAGGAUGGGCACAGCGUGGGCAGCAUGGGCACACUGUCCUCCCUGGAUGGGGUCACCAACACCAGUGAGGGGGGCUACCCAGAGGCCCUGUCCUCACUGACCAACGGUCUGGACAAGCCCUAUCCCGCGGAACCUAUGGUCAACGGUGGGGGCUACGCCUAUGAGUCCGCCAGCCGGUCGGUGCCUGCCCACGCUGGCCACACGGCCCCCAUGCGGCCCUCCUACUCCGCACAGGAGGGUUUAGCCGGCUACCAGCGGGAGGGGCCCCACCCAGCCUGGCCGCAGCCAAUGACCACCUCCCACUAUGGCCAUGACCCCAGCGGUAUGUUCCGCUCUCAGUCCUUUCCAGAAACCGAGCCCCAGUUGCCCCCAGCUCCGGCCCGGGGGGGCAGCAGCCGGGAGGCUGUGCAGAGGGGCCUGAAUUCCUGGCAGCAGCAGCAGCAGCAGCAGCAGCAGCAACAGCAGCAGCAGCCACAGCAGCAGCAGCAGCAGCAGCCUCGUCCCCCUCCUCGCCAGCAGGAUAGAGUCUACUUGGAGAGUCUCGGGCCCAGUAGGCCCAGCCCCCAGCCGCUGGCAGAGACCCCCAUCCCCGGCCUCCCUGAGUUCCCAAGAGCAGCCUCCCAGCAGGAGAUCGAGCAGUCCAUCGAAACACUCAACAUGCUCAUGCUGGAUUUGGAACCGACGGCCGCUGCCCCCCUGCACAAGUCCCAGAGUGUCCCAGGGGCCUGGCCAGGGGCUUCCCCGCUGUCCUCCCAGCCUCUCUCCGGCUCCUCCUGUCAGCCCCAUCCACUGACCCAGUCCAGAUCUGGCUACAUCCCCAGUGGGCAUUCUUUGGGAGCCCCUGAGCCGGCCCCACGGGCUUCCCUGGAGUCCUUCCCCCCUGGCAGGGCUUACUCACCUUACGAUUAUCAGCCGUGUCCAGGUGGGCCCAACCAGAGUUUCCGUCCAAAGAGCCCAGCCUCCUCCUCCUCGUCUGCCUUCCUUCCAACUACCCAUAGCCCUCCAGGGCCUCAGCAGCCCCCAGCCUCUCUCCCUGGCCUCACUGCUCAGCCUCAGCUCCCACCAAAGGAGGUGACUUCAGACCCCUCCCGCACUCCAGAAGAGGAGCCACUGAACCUGGAGGGGCUGGUGGCCCACCGGGUAGCAGGGGUGCAGGCUCGGGAGAAGCAGCCUGCAGAACCCCCAGCCCCUCUCCGGAGGCGGGCAGCCAGCGAUGGACAGUAUGAGAACCAGUCUCCAGAACCCGCGUCUCCCCGUAGCCCUGGGGUCCGUUCCCCUGUCCAGUGCGUCUCCCCCGAGCUGGCUCUCACCAUCGCCCUCAAUCCUGGAGGGCGGCCCAAAGAGCCCCAUCUGCACAGCUACAAGGAAGCCUUUGAGGAGAUGGAGGGAGCCUCCCCGACCAGCCCACCACCCGGCGGGGUGCGCUCCCCUCCAGGUCUGGCCAAGACACCCCUGUCGGCUCUUGGCCUGAAACCCCACAACCCAGCGGACAUCCUGUUGCACCCUACCGGUGUCACCAGAAGACUGAUCCAGCCAGAGGAGGAUGAGGGGAAGGUGGUGACAGAGCUUCCCAAAGAGCCCCGGAGCUACGUGGAGUCGGUGGUGAGGACGGCAGUGGCUGGGCCCCGAACUCAGGACCCGGAGCCUAAGAGCUUUAGCGCCCCACCUGUCCAGGCCUAUAGCCACGAGAUGCCCCUGAGGAACGGGACCCUGGGAAGCUCCUUUGUCUCCCCAAGCCCCCUCUCCACCAGCAGCCCCAUCCUCAGUGCUGACAGCACUUCAGUGGGGAGUUUCCCCUCAGGGGAAAGCAGCGACCAGGGUCCCCGGACACCUACCCAGCCUUUGCUGGGUUCCGGCUUCCGUUCCGGCAGCCUGGGACAGCCUAGCCCUUCGGCCCAGAGAAGCUCCCAGAGCUCUUCUCCUCUCCCGACCGUGGGCAGCAGCUACAGCAGCCCCGACUACUCACUACAGCAGUUCAGCUCCCCAGAAAGCCAGGCGCGGGCUCAGUUCACCGUGGCCGGUGUCCACACGGUACCUGGGAGCCCUCAGGCGCGCCACAGGACAGUGGGCACCAACACUCCCCCCAGUCCUGGCUUCGGCCGCCGGGCCAUCAACCCCAGCAUGGCUGCCCCCAGUAGCCCCAGUUUGAGCCACCGCCAGGUGAUGGGUCCAGCGGGAACUGGUUACCAUGGUAGUGCAGUCUCCAGCCCCCAGAGCAGUACAGCGACCACCCCAGGAAGCCCCAGCCUGGGCCGGCACCCCGGGGCCCACCAGGUUUCAGGCCUCCACGGCAGUGUGGCCACUACUCCGGGAAGCCCCAGUCUGGGCCGGCACCCUGGGGCCCACCAAGGCAACCUGGCCUCCGGCCUCCACGGCAAUGCAGUAGCCAGCCCUGGAAGCCCCAGCCCGGGCCGGCACCUGGGAGGGCCUGGAUCCGUGAUUCCUGGCAGCCCCAGCUUGGACCGGCACGCGGCCUAUGGCGGCUAUUCCACCCCCGAGGACCGGAGACCCACGCUGUCCCGGCAGAGCAGUGCCUCUGGUUACCAGGCUCCCUCUACGCCCUCCUUCCCUGUGUCCCCUGCCUACUACCCGGGCCUCAGCAGCCCCGUCACCUCCCCGUCGCCGGAUCCGGCAGCCUUCCGGCAAGGGAGCCCGACGCCAGCCCUGCCCGAGAAGCGGAGGAUGUCCGUGGGAGACCGAGCAGGCAGCCUCCCCAACUAUGCCACUGUCAACGGGAAGGUGUCCUCCUCGCCCGUGGCCAGCGGCAUGUCCAGCCCCAGCGGGGGCAGCACCGUCUCCUUCUCCCACACUUUGCCCGACUUCUCCAAGUACUCCAUGCCAGACAACAGCCCCGAGACACGGGCUAAAGUGAAGUUCGUCCAGGACACUUCCAAGUAUUGGUACAAGCCUGAGAUCUCCAGAGAGCAGGCCAUCGCUCUCCUUAAGGACCAGGAGCCAGGGGCCUUCAUCAUCCGCGACAGCCACUCCUUCCGAGGGGCCUACGGGCUGGCCAUGAAGGUGUCAUCUCCUCCUCCGACCGUCGUGCAGCAGAAUAAAAAAGGGGACAUGACCCACGAGCUGGUGAGACAUUUCCUGAUAGAGACUGGCCCCAGAGGAGUCAAGCUCAAGGGAUGCCCCAAUGAGCCAAACUUCGGGUCUCUCUCUGCCCUGGUCUACCAGCAUUCCAUCAUCCCACUGGCUCUGCCCUGUAAGCUGGUCAUUCCAAACCGAGACCCCACAGAUGAAUCGAAAGAUAGCUCAGGCCCUGCCAACUCAACCACUGACCUGCUGAAGCAAGGGGCAGCCUGCAACGUGCUCUUCGUCAACUCUGUGGACAUGGAAUCACUCACUGGGCCACAGGCCAUCUCCAAAGCCACUUCUGAGACUCUGGCUGCUGACCCCACACCAGCUGCCACCAUCGUUCACUUCAAAGUUUCUGCCCAGGGAAUCACACUGACUGACAACCAGAGAAAGCUCUUCUUCAGACGACACUACCCCCUCAACACUGUCACCUUCUGUGACCUGGAUCCACAGGAGAGAAAGUGGAUGAAGACAGAAGGAGGUGCCCCUGCUAAGCUCUUCGGCUUCGUGGCCCGGAAACAGGGCAGCACCACCGACAAUGCCUGCCACCUCUUCGCUGAGCUUGACCCCAACCAGCCCGCCUCCGCCAUCGUCAACUUUGUCUCCAAGGUCAUGCUGAGUGCCGGCCAGAAGAGAUGA